AUGGCUGUCAUCAAAUCUUCUCUCCUUGUCGCUCUGGCGGCUGCUGCUGCGACCACACACGCUCAGUCGGCGAACCCGGGCGUGGGUACCAAUCCUAAGGCGCAAGGCGCUACCGAGCAGGUUACGCCCAGCAGUGGUCCUAACGGUUCCGAGGACUGGUUAAACACUGGUCUCACCGGCGACGGCUGGAACCCUCCAUACCUGGACAUUUCCGAAGUCCUCCACGUCUCCCUCGACCAGUUCUACGGCGGCAUUGGAUCCAGCUGUGCCCAGUACGAUCAAUACUUCCAGAGCGCCGGAUCCCAAUACGGCAUCGACCCAGUCAUUCUCGCCGCCAUCGCCAUGCAGGAAUCCUCCUGCAAUGCCUACGCCGGCGGACCCACCCCCGGCCUCAUGCAGGUGUCCUGUGACAACUACCCCAACGGCCAGUGCACCGAUUCCAUCCAGGACAACGUCAAUGCUGGAACCAACUACCUCAAGUCACAGCUGGAUGCCUCGGGUGGAAAUGCUAUUCAGGCACUGGGCUCUUACAAUGGCUGGUUUACGGCGGGCAGUUAUCUCAAUGGUAACAAGGGAUUGACGGUGGACUACCCUUGCUCUUCCGAGGGUCAGUCCAACGGCGUGCCCCAGAACUUGGACUAUCUGCACCAGGUUCUGAAUGGUUGGUUCAUGGGUCUGGACGUGUAUGGGAGUGAUAACUGGAUUGGUACUUAUCACUGUGAUCAGAACUGCAACGAUGGCAGCAAGUGCUAA